AUGUUCGUGCUGGCCCAGUCCAAGGUUGAAGACGCUCGCACUAAAACCCAGAUAGCUCUUCGGGACUACGAGCCCCGCGUCAGGACCUACACAAACCAACUCCUGACUCAGAUUGAUGCCAAGAAACACGGCGCAAUCAACGUCUCCAAGGAAUUCAAUCUGUACAGCUUUGACGUCAUGGGCAACUUGGCUUUUGGCAAGAACUUUGGGCUCAUCAUGUCGCAGAAGAUGCAUCCUGCCAUGGAGUUACUGCAGGCCACAACAGCACUUAGUGGGAUGUUGAUGCACAUGUCAUGGGUUGUCCUGUUUGGCAGGAACGGUCCGCUUUUGACGAGACACUUGAAAUCUUUUGAACGCUGGCUCGACGAGCAGACGAAGGAGCGAAUGGAGAAUGAGCCUGAUAUCCCAGAUGUGUUUUCCUGGGUCCUGGGAGACUAUCGAUCCAAAGUGCAGCCGACGAAACAAGACUAUAUCGAUCUGUGCGGCGACUCGAUGCUCAUUGUCGUUGCGGGAAGCGACACAACUGCCACAUCUCUCACUUGCCUGUUUUUGCAGUUGACACAGAACCCGACUAAGUGUCGAAACCUGCAGGAGGAGAUUGAUAAGUACUUUGCGGACCGCGACGGCACGGAUCACGCAUCGUUGGCCAAACUACCAUACUUGCAGGCCUGCAUCGACGAGUCACUCCGCUUGUACCCACCCAUUCCAUCGGGACUACAGAGACUCACUCCGCCAGGCGGGAUCCGUGUGGAGAACACCUUCAUCCCAGGCGACACCAUUGUUCAGGUUCCUAGCUACACACUCUAUCGAGACCAACGAGUGUUCCCACGCCCGGAUGAAUUUGUUCCUGAGCGAUGGACUUCCAAACCCGAACUUGUCAAAGAUAAGGCAAUCUUUGCCCCAUUUUCUAUUGGUCGAUAUUCCUGCGUAGGCAAGCAGCUUGGACUCAUGGAAAUCCGGACCGUCACUGCUGAGCUUUUGCGCCGCUACAAUGUUUCUCUGGCUCCUGAUCAAUCAGUCAAGGCCUUCACCGACAAACUUGUCGACGGCUUCACUCUGACUUGCCCAAAGCUAGACAUCAUUUUCACACCCAGGGACAAGGGUAGCCAGGGUUGA